CUGAAUCAUUUCUUGUUUAUCCUCCGGAACUGAACCAUAGUACGGUACAUUCUUCACCAAAUCCACUAAGACUGCGUGUAAAAGUGACACCAUGACGCAAAGCAAGCACUUUCACGUCCAAGGCCAGACCGUCGUCAUCGCCGGUGGAUCAAAGGGUCUGGGCCGCGAACUCGCCAUCCAACUCACCACCCAAGGCGCCCAUGUCACCAUCCUAGCCAGAAGUCCCGGCCCACUCGAGGAGACCCGUAAAGAGCUGCUCUCCCACACGCAGUCCGCGGAUCAGGUCAUCAACGCCGCCGCCGUCGAUCUGACCGAUCCGAAACAGGUCCAAGAAUUCAUCACCUCCCUCCCCACCCCACCAUCCAUCCUCUUCAUCGUCGCCGGCGGCACCGCCGCCCAAGUCGGCUUCUUUGCCAACAUCACCCCUGAAGAAAUCAAAUCCUGCAUGGACCAGAACUACUUCGCGGCCGCGUACAUCGCGCACGCCUGCCUCCGGCGCUGGCUGCAGGAGCCGCCCGCCGACAGUAGCAGCAACAGUAACAGCAAACGGCACCUGAUCUUCACCGCCUCGACGGCGGCCUUCCUCGGCUUCCCGGGCUACGCCGCCUACACGCCCACGAAAGCCGCCACGCGCGCGCUGGCCGACACCCUGCGGUCGGAGGUGCUGCUCUACCGCGCGCAGCAGGACAUCCGCGUGCACUGCAGCUUCCCGGGCACGAUCUACACGGAUGCAUUUUAUGAAGAGCAGAUCCGCAAGCCGCAGCUGCUGAAAGAGAUGGAGGGGUCGGCCGACAACAAGGGCGGGUUGACGGCGGCCAAGGUGGCCGAGUUGACGCUGCGGGGGCUGCGCGCGGGCCAGGGGUAUAUCACGGUCGACGGGGAGACGGAGCUGCUGCUGAAUAACAUGCGCGGGCCGAGUCCGCGGGAUCGGCCGGUUAGGGAUUGGGUGAUGGGGGUGGUGGCUUCGGUGGUGUGGCCGGUUUAUCGGUGGCGGUUUGAUCGGAUGACGGGGGCGUUUGGGCGGAAGAUGGGGCGGGAGGAGUGGACGCGGCAGUUUGGGGAGGGGGAGGAGUAG